UCAUAUAUGAACUGCAGCAACUAGAUCUAGAGAUUUGCAUAGUAAAUCAUUUCUUUAACUUGGCUUCUUUAACUUCCUUGUUUCGCAAUUUUCGCAUAUUCUACUUGGCGCGGCUUUUAUCAUUUAUUCAUCUUUCAAAUUGCUUUCGUUGCCUGGUUUCUUCCGUUUUUCAGUUUGUCGUCUAUUUGGCUGCGAAAAGCUCAGAAAAUUUUAUUCGUCUACGUUUUAAGUGUACUGAAUAAGAAAAAAUAUAUGAAAAAUGUUUGAAAUUUGAGUGAAAUCUAUGAAAAGUGCAUAAAACUAGUUUCCAUUAAGAAGUGUAGCCUUAAAAUUUAAUCUACGAAGCCUUGAGAUAUUCUUGAAAGAUAGUCUUAAAUUUUUUGGUUAUUUGUGGAAUAGAGGCAGCAAGUGCAAAAAUGGAAGUGACCAGAAAAUUGGUAUAAUAUGCCGCUGAAAAAUGUCAACAUAAUGCCAUACAAAUUUCUAAAAUUAUAUACUGAAAAAUGGAAACAAUAUCCAAGAUUUCCCUGAUAUUGAUUCUAUUCCUAACAGUUGCAAGUGUUUUUGUUGUUGAUGUAUAUGCAGUCUCGUCGGCGGCCAAUGUAGAAGAGAAUGCCUAUAAGGCCACCAGAGCUGGUGCUGCGGCCGCCGCUUCCGCAGCAUUAGUCGCAGACGAGUCAUCACUUGCUAGCUUAAGCUCUGCGCCACAACAACAACAUGCUGCGCCAUCAAAAUCACAAACGCAGCAAACCAUUACCAAAUUCAAAGCUGAAGGCAACCUAUACCCAAAACAAAACCAGCAGCUAGUAAACACGUCAGCUUCAUUAUCUCUCAUCCAGCAGCAAUCCGCUUCAUGCAUAUCGACGUUUGCAAAAGAAGAACCACGACAGUCGGCGCAGAAGAGGUAUGAGCAUGAAAUCUCUGUGCUAGGUUAUAAAAUACAAAUACCUUCAUUUGUAAUGGAUGGUAUUUCGGUGCCAACGGCUGCGGAUUCAAAUACCGUUGGAGCUGUUGGUGGCGAUGUAGACACCGCACAUGAGCGCAGUGGUGGAGCCGAUGAUGUGAACGUUUUCAAGCUCUUCUGCGAGAAUACGACCAUCAGUAAUGUGAAUGCGGAACUGCGUUCUAAGAUGUACAUCAAUUACGGUUAUAUAAUUUUGCAGCAUUGUUAUGCCAAUGCGGAUGCGCCAUCUUUGCAGCUGCAGCAGUACGAAAGCGUGCGGCACUUCAAGUGGGCGUACAGCAAUUUGCGUGACCAGCAACUAAAUAUGCUAUUUUCGAAUUACAAAUCCAACUUCGAGUAUUUGGAAUCACUUGACUUGACCGCAAAUCAGUUAGAAUGCACAGGCUGGGCAGAAUCGCAGACAGUUCGACGAUUAAGAGUACUGAAGUUGACGAGCAAUGCUGUGGACACGCAAAGUUGUACACUCUCGGAAUUCCAGCACAUGAAUCAUUUGAUCGAGCUGCGAUUGGAUGACAAUCGUAUACAUGUGUUGAGUCAGCAAUUCUUGGGCCACCUAAGUGAACUUAAAGGACUGAAUUUGACGCGCAAUCUACUAAGCGAUUUACCGCGUAACACCUUCACUGGCGCAUUAAAGUUGCAACGGCUCUAUUUGGCACACAAUCGUUUAACGACAUUACCGUUCCAAUUGUUUCAAAGCAUGCGCGAUUUACAAACGCUCGAUUUGUCCAAUAACCGAUUACUCUCCUUUCCGGAUAACUUUUUCGCAUUGAACGGCGAACUGCGUGAAAUGUACUUGCAAAAAAAUGCAAUGGAGACGAUUGGCAAGAACACAUUUUAUAAUUUGCCAAAAUUGCGCUACUUGGAUAUAUCGGAAAAUAAUAUAAAUAGCAUAGAUCGCAAAGCAUUUGAAUCACUUUCGAACCUCUUUAUGUUGAACAUGUCGACGAAUAGCAUUAGCACCAUUUCCUCAAUACUCUUUCAUCCGCUGCAUAAUCUUCAGCAGCUCGAUUUGAGUUACAACAAAUUCACUCAACUGCCAAGUGGCGUAUUUAUGUCGCAACGUGCUUUGCUUGUAUUGCGCAUUGACUCAACGCCACUGGAGAAAAUCGGCAACUUCAUUUCGCGCAACAUUGACUAUGUCGAUCCGAAAGUGUUGGCGAAUUUGCGCAUACUCUCCAUGCAGCACAACAAGCAAUUGACUCAGCUCACACGCACGCUCUUCCGCAAUACACCCAACCUGCAUGAGCUCCUGCUGGCCGGAAAUGGGUUGCAGCAUCUACCCGCUGAAAUAGGACAUCUUGGCCAGUUGCAACGCUUGAAUGUGCGCGACAACAAGUUAACUUACAUACCGGAGAGUGUGAAAUACCUGCCUAAUUUACGCUUCAUACACAUUCGGCACAACGACUACAUAUGCGACUGCCGCAUGUACUGGUUGGGUGAGUGGCUGGGCAAUAGCAGUUCAACACUACGUCGUUUGCGUGCCGACCAUGUUAGCAACCUGUAUGAAGGCACCAUUAUGUCGGCCGAUGUGUCGUCCAUGGACACAGGUGAUGAUAUUGAUGAGUUGACUGAGUCACUGACAUGCCAUCAUGGUCAUCCGGGUGACAUGGUGAAUGUACUGCAACAUUUGCAUUGCUUGAAGCCGGUAAUUUUGGAGUCGUCCGAGUCGAAAAUGCACAAACUACACUCGACGGCGAAGUUAGAGUGCAUGUUUUCGGGCAGCCCUACGCCUGACGUCAUUUGGGUAACACCUACAAAUAAGAUUUUGCGGCACCAUGCUGAUCCCGACAAGCGGCCGGUCAUCAUCAAUCACAACGAUAAAGUUCUCGGUCAUUUGCCACUGACAUCGCUCAUAAUGGACGAUAACAACAUGUUGAACGUCAGUUUGCAGGCAAGCGACGUGAUGAAUCGGGUGACUUUGAUCGAGAAUGGUUCGCUGUUGGUGCACAAUAUCUCGCGCAGCGAUAGUGGGCUCUACACUUGUUAUGCGUACAACAUCAUGGGCAAUGCGUCGGCGUUUAUGAGAAUCUACAUCGAUCCCAUUGUCUUCUACCGGGUUAAAAUUGAGAGCCUUCUAUCGGGUAUCGCCGCCGCCACCGCCUUCCUUUCGCUGACACUGAUCGUACAAGGGCUUCGCGCGGUCUGCGACAAAUGCGGCAUUUUCGAUAAGUUUUACUGCUGUGUACGCAACAAGCAAUCCCCAAGAGCGCGUCAAAUUUAUGCUAUGCUUGACAGUAUUGAAAGUUACAAAAGCCUACAAUUGGAACGGUUACGCGAAAACUAUGCGCAACAAGUGCAUCGCAUCCGGGAAAAUUGCGUACAACAAGUUGAAUGGAUACAAAGCAGUUAUACAUCUCAAGCCAAAUAUUUGAAAGAAUUUAGAGACAUGGGCUCCACACAUUUAACAUCGCUAAAGGAUCAAUACUAUGAUCAGGUGAAAAAGGUUCGUGAUUAUUCCACAGGCCAAUUGAAUUGGGUGCGCGAAAAUUACGUCUUCCAACGUAACAAAAUUCGUAAAUUUAGUGCACACCAAGUUUUGCGCUUGCGUGAAGGCUACAAAUAUCAACAACAAACACUUAAUAAAGUGUUGGAAAAUCUUCCGAGUUUCUAUUUUGAAAACUGUCGGGGUCGCUGCGAAGAGGAUAUUGCUGAAGAUAUUGAAGUAUACUUCAAAAGCCAGUUGGGAGAUCAAUUCAAUCCUAGCGCGGCCAAAGUGAAGAGUUUAAAAACUAAAUUAGCUGUUAUGGCUCUGAACUCGGCUAGCAAAGCAUCAGUAUACUAUACACCACCUGAAGAUGAGCUACGGUGCUCACAUCUCCAAUUGCAGACCUCUCCGAUACACAUCAAUUAUAUCAAUGAGAAUUUGGAUCGUAAGAAAUUAGAUUUAAAUGCAUCCAAAAUAAGCAGGGAAUUCCUAAUGAAUACACCCAUGAUGUUUGCCGGUUGUGGCAGCGGAAGCAACGGCGACGGCUUAACAUCACUAACCAAGGCUGAGUUCACUUUAAGUCAAUUGAAAAUAAGCGAUAAGCAUCCGGCGGGUGCGGGUAGCAUUGAAGAUAACUGUUAUGCCGCCACAUUGGCGGAUAAGUUGGUACCAAUAAAAACUGCCGAAAAGAAAAGGCAUCACCAUUGUCAUGGACAUAGAUGUGAGAGAGUGGCACACGCUUCACCGUGUGACAAUAGCAGGUGGCAUGACGGUACUCCUACAGACACUAUUGCCGGAGACAGCAAUAUUGAAUUAAAUGAAUUACGCGACUAUAAAGACACAAACGACGUAAAGAGCUCUAAAUCUUGCCCAGCCAUUUAUAAAAUGUCCAAGCAACAGGAUGGCUCUACGCUGCAUGAGUUGCUAACCAACAACCAAAGGGGGGACGGUAACGCAAAUAGCACACGAUUAAAUCCAGUCGGUGAGCCGACACACAUACUUGAAACGGAGCUCUUCCAACGAUCAGGCAUAUCAUCCGGUAGCGGUGGCAAAGGCCACCGGAAACUAUGUACAGAUAAGCUGAACAUUAUAUUGGAUGAGAGUGGCAAAUCGACGCUGUACAAUGGGCCAACGUCUGAGGUGUGUGGAGGUGCGAGAAAAAAGGAUAUUAGAUAUCCGUCUUGUUCCACAAUGGCAUCGUCACAAAGCAAAAAUAGUUUGCCGGAUAUUGAGGCGUAUGACGGCGGCGGCGGCGACGUUGGCGACGGCGGGGAUGAUAGUAAACACAAGGAGGAGCAAAGUUGCGACAAUUUGGCUUCAACAUCAUCGCCCGCAUCAAUAGGAAUGUCAAACUGUGACAACAUUAGCUUCAGCAGUAAUUCCAACAAUAGCAGCUGCAAUACCAACCAACGUAGUAGUGUAGAUGUAGUAAAACUUUCUUAGAGAUUCAUAUUUUAGCCAUUAAAGAAUGCAUUCAAAACAUGUUAAGAAGAAAUAUAAUAUUUAACAAAACAAAACAAAAAGAGAAAAAAGCAGGAAAUGAAUGAAAAAUAUUUAUAUUAUGGAGAUGAAUUGCAUAUAAUUGUAAGAUAGAACUGAAAGAAAGAUUUCUAUUUAAAUUAUUACGCGAAUGCGAAAUUUAUAAUGAUUAUAACGAAAAAAAUAUAAGAAAAAUUUUAGAUGCAAUUUUUGUUGUAAAAUUAAGAUAAAAAAUAAAUUAAACACUGUUUCAUAAAGUCUCACGGCAAAAGUGUUGUUACACACAUUUUAGCUUGGUAUACAAAUUUAGAAACUGAUGAUAUCACCACAUUAUUGCUAAAACAAAAAAAAAAAAAAAAAAAAAUCAACAGAAACGAAAACUUAAACAAUAAAACGUGAACUGGAGAAUUUGUGGUCAACAGUAUUUGUGAUGUAGAUGCAAACAUACGUACAUGUUAUUCUAGAUGAAUUUCUGUGAAUUUUAAAACAAACCAAAAUAUGUAUGCUAUCGGCUAAUUAGUUUGAAAAUCAUGGAAAAACGUCGAAUGUAUCCAAUGUAAGAAUAUUAUAAAGGAUAAUUUCAAAUUAAAUACAAUAAAUAAAUUAAACAUUCA